UAAAACAGAAAAGGAAAAACAUAAAGAGGAAAUCUUGAUAGAGAUAUCUUUAGGAAUUAGGAUCUCUAAUACUUAUAUCUUACUCGUUCGAGAUUCCUUCAUAUCCCUCCAGACACAAUAAUAUUAUUUUACACUUUUUUUUCCUUUCCAACAUCUUCAGAAAAUCUAAUGUCACAGGCGAGCAUUGACAAGUAUGAAGCAUUAUCAGAUUUUCUCAAGAAAUUUUACAUUCCUUCGUACAUUCUCUCGCCAGCCGAGGCUGUGGCGGUGCCAAGUACUCGUCCACCUGAGAGCCCGAUUCUCGUAUUUAUCAACUCCAAAAGUGGAGGUCAACUCGGUGGAGAACUCAUUCUUACCUACCGUUCUCUUCUCAACGAGAAGCAGGUUUUCGAUCUUAACGAAGAGACUCCGGAUAAGGUGCUACAGAGGAUCUAUCUUAACCUAGAGAGGCUAAAUCACGAUGCUUUGGCUUGCAAGAUUAAGGAGAAGUUGAAAAUAAUGGUGUGUUAA